ACGUUUUUGUAAAUCAUUCUUGUGAUUCUUGUGAAAUAGAAACAAAGAUAGUUUUAGCGUUAAUUUCUGAAGCAUUUAGUAUCAAAACUAUAAAUAAAAUGCCUGACCAUUUAGGAGAUGAUAUGAGAAAAGUGAAAGAUGAUAAGGAAGAACCAGAAAAGGAAAUCAAAUCGUUGGAUGAAGGUGACAUAGCUCUUUUGAAAUCAUAUGGACAAGGGCAGUAUACAAAAAUCAUUAAAGAUGUAGAAGAAGGCAUACAAACAGUAAUGAAGAGAGUAAAUGAGCUUACUGGCAUCAAGGAGUCAGAUACUGGCUUGGCACCUCCAGCUUUGUGGGAUUUGGCAGCAGACAAACAAACUCUGCAGAAUGAACAGCCGUUACAGGUUGCCAGAUGUACCAAGAUCAUCAAUGCAGACUCCAACGACCCGAAGUACAUUAUAAAUGUGAAGCAGUUUGCUAAGUUUGUGGUGGACCUGGCCGACUCAGUUGCCCCCACCGAUAUUGAAGAGGGAAUGAGAGUCGGUGUGGACCGUAACAAGUACCAGAUUCACAUUCCGUUACCGCCCAAGAUAGACCCGACGGUAACGAUGAUGCAGGUGGAAGAGAAACCGGAUGUGACGUACAGCGAUGUGGGAGGUUGUAAGGAACAGAUUGAGAAACUACGGGAGGUUGUGGAGACGCCGUUGUUGCAUCCAGAGAAAUUCGUGAAGCUUGGUAUCGAGCCGCCGAAGGGAGUGCUACUGUUCGGCCCGCCUGGUACCGGCAAGACGCUUUGCGCCCGCGCCGUCGCCAACCGCACUGACGCCUGCUUCAUCAGGGUUAUUGGUUCUGAGCUGGUACAGAAGUACGUAGGUGAGGGCGCCCGCAUGGUCCGCGAGCUAUUCGAGAUGGCGCGCAGCAAGAAAGCCUGUUUGAUAUUCUUUGAUGAGAUCGACGCUAUCGGAGGCGCCAGAUUCGACGACGGCGCUGGCGGCGACAACGAGGUGCAGCGUACUAUGCUGGAGUUGAUCAACCAGCUCGAUGGCUUCGACCCUCGUGGUAAUAUCAAGGUGCUGAUGGCAACCAACCGUCCCGACACCCUCGACCCGGCGCUGAUGAGGCCGGGCCGUCUGGACCGGAAGGUGGAGUUCGGUCUGCCGGACCUCGAGGGGCGCGCGCACAUCUUCCGCAUCCACGCGCGGGCUAUGUCCGUGGAGAGGGAUAUCCGCUUCGAUCUGCUGGCCAGGCUGUGUCCUAAUUCUACUGGUGCUGAGAUCAGGUCUGUGUGCACCGAGGCGGGCAUGUUCGCGAUCCGCGCGCGCCGCAAGGUCGCCACUGAGAAGGAUUUCCUCGAAGCCGUGAACAAGGUCAUCAAGUCAUACGCCAAGUUCUCCGCCACGCCGCGCUACAUGACUUACAAUUAAUAUCAUUAUUUAAUAGUCUGUAAAGCUACUUGUCCACCGAGCCGGUAUCGAAGCGUACGGUGCGGACCAUAAAGUUAAUAUACCUAGCGGAAUAGAGAAACAGAGGCCUGAGCAAGCGA